AUGACCCAGACGCCAGGGAGUUUUAUUGAUCAAUCGGAUCGCUCCGAUGGAAGCCUGACUGAUGACGUCGCAGAGAGAUCACUUGACCCAAGGCCCGAUCCACACCAGGCUUCUGCGACCCCAUCCCGCAGUUUCCAGCGGACUGGUAAUCUCUCAGCAGAUGGGAAAACAAUAUUCCGACCAUCAAGUGAGACAUCGGAAGAUAUCUUAGAAGAUGAGAAUGAUAGUUAUGUAGAAGCUUUUCUAGAAUACUCCAAAACUGAAGAGUUUCAAACGGAUUUUGAUGGUCCGGUCAUCUCAACGUCUGUACAUUAUUGGCAACAUGUUGAGGUUACUACUAACCAUCAAGACCUUGGUGAUCAAAACACAACAAACGAAUUUGACUCGUUAUUGGUGGACCCUGCUAUAGAACAACUCGCGGAACCUUACACCUCGGUUACUCAGAUAACACAGCAAACACCUAUUGUGAUUGAUGACAAUGAUGUCAAUAUGGACUACCUUUCUCGUGGCACAAACCCGACCACGACUAUCCCUGAAUCACACCUUGAUCAUAUGCGAUCGGUGGCGGACAAUCAAGAUCCUGAUGCUGUCAUUACUACACUCGGGACUUGGCCACUCUAA